AUGCAUGCCAUCAUCCUCCCUCUCUCCACGCUACUGCCGCUGCAGAGGUCAAGCAUACCACCCCAAGACAAUUACCACGGCACAUGCACAACCUCACACACGCACACGAACGCCACGAUACGACACGAUAAAGCUACCAUUCCACAGGGAAGACCCCCCUCUAUUCCUCAAUCCCGCAAAACCUCCCCCUCCCGCAACCUCUCCCCCAACUCUCCCAUCAACGGAUGCGAAAUCCUCGCCGCCGCCGCCAAAUCCCUCGCACUCACAGCACCCUCCACCCUCAAACUCCUCGUCCCCACCCAUAACCUCAUCCACAACACCCACCAUGACCGCAGAUUGCGUCUCCUCGGACCGCUCGCCGAGUACGAGGAAAGUUCGUCUGAUGUCACGAUAGGACAUGCCCGCGAAGGGAGCGCGGAGGACGAAGUCGAGGUCUUCACCCGUGAGGCUGGAGGUGGCGCCAGGGAAGGAGAGGGAAAGGUCGUGGAUGAGGUCUGCUGUGCAGCAGACGGCGAAGAAGGUCACGAGCUGGCCUGUGGGGAGGAUGUUUUGGAUGGGCAUGGUGGAGUCGUUGGGUGGUAUGAUUCGUCGUUCGACGAGAUUGUUGUCCUCCGUCACAGGGUGGCGAGACGUAAGGACGGCAGUGAUGGAAAGGUUGGAUCAGCAGCUUCAUGUGCAAGUGGAUCGAAAUAA